AUGAGUACGCAUUCGCAUGCUAGUGGCUAUGAUGUAAUCAUCGUCGGAGGCGGCCCAGCAGGUUGUGCCGCAGCCUUGUCUCUUCGAAAGUCCAACCCGGAUGUCACAACUCUACUUCUAGACGAUGCAGAUCCUGCCGCCUUCAAGAUCGGGGAGUCACUCCCGGCGGACGCUAAGAACAUGCUUGUGUACCUUUCACCUACAUUGUACACAGACUUCACGAAGGAUAUCGCCGAGGGUGUACAUAUGCCCUGCUCGGGGAACGCGUCCGCGUGGGAAACACCGGACCUGCGGGAGACAUACGCCGUCUCUAACCCGUUUGGAAUGGGGCUCCAUCUAGACCGCGCGCGAUUCGACCAGUGUCUGCGUGAUGCUGUCGCAGGCACCACAGCAGGCUCACAGUGCACAGUGGUGCAUGGCGUAUUCAACAAGGUCGAAAAGACAGAAGCGCCAGAGUACCAAGGCUGGAUAGUAUAUGUGAGACGGUAUGGUUCGGGCGAGACCGACACGUACCGCGCCAAGUGGCUGGUUGACGCGUCAGGCAGGAAGGCUUCUGUCGCACGAAAGCUCGGUGCGAAGACGAUCAAGACGGACGCGUUGCUCGCGUUCCACAUGCUGUUCAGCGCUACGGCGUCGACUCAGCAUGAUCACGAUGGUCGGACCGUGAUCGAGGCAGCCACAGCGGGAUGGUGGUACACGGCACAGCUACCCAGAGGCCGCCGCGUCGUAGUGUAUCAUACAAACGACGAUGACGCAUCAGCCAAGCUCGCACGCAAGCAGGCAGGCUUUCUGGCGCUCCUGGAUGAGACGAAAUACAUCUCACGGGUGAUUGCUGAGCACGGGUACGAGGCAGUUGCGGAGGGCCACGGAAAGGAACCACGACCAGGAUGCACAGCGGCAGGAUCGUCACAUCUGGUACCCCCGAUGGAGGAUCGGCUGACGCAUGGGUGGCUCGCGGUUGGGGACGCCGCGAUGGCAUUUGACCCGCUGUCGUCGCAGGGCAUGAUCACGGCCAUGAAGAUGGGCUGUGUGGUGGGUGACGCGCUCGCUCGCCGGCUGCGUGGGGAGCCAGAUGUUGAGGAUCUUGUUUCUCAACUUUUGAGAACAUACAUACGUGUGCGCAGUAGAUAUGAGGACGAGAAAGGGUAUUUCUAUGACCAAGUUUCUAGAUUUACGGGGCCGUUCUGGGAGAGCAAAACCACAGCCUGA